ACGCACGACAAGAGCUUCGGAAAAAGAAAAACAUCAGAAAAACAUAAAUAGAAGAACACCGAAAAAUCCUUGCACCCAUUUACUCCGUUGUGUGCGCAUACAUCCUCUAAGCCAAAAAAUCCCAAGGUAUUCUGCAUAAAUCCAUUACUUUGCCCGCCAUACUCUCCUCGAAAUCCCAGUCCAAGCCAUCCAGAUUGGUUGCGCUUUGCGCUUCCCAUACCGCAAGACAUUUCAAUGCCGAACUGAAGGAUUGUGGGGUGGAGGAGGUUCCGACUCCGAGGGAAGACUUUGUUGAAGAUGAGAAUUCACAAAGUCGAUGGAAUGUGGAAGUGGGGAGCCCCAGUUUUCCGGCCAAUGUUUUCCCGGCGGCCAAGUUGAUUUAAUGAGUGACCAAGCGUUCUUUCUCUUGGCGUUCAUUGCCUGCUCGGUAUGAGGAAAUGUGGUGGAUGAUGGGUAACCUUAAACAUUGCUUGAUUCCCUUGUAAUAUAUAUAGCAUCAGAAAGUUCAAUGAUUGGAAUUGUUAUUAUAGGUGAUUUACCCAAUUCCCUGAAUUCACAAUGAAAUCUGCUCUUAUAAGCACUAAUUCCUUGCACCCAUUUGCUCCGUUUGGUGCGCAUAUAUCCUCUAAGCUAAAGAAUCCCAAUGUAUUCUGCAUAAAACCCAUUACUUUGCCCGCCAUACUCUCCUCGAAAUCCCAGUCCAAGCCAUUCAGAUUGCUUGGGCUAUGCACUUCACAUAACGCAAGUCCUUCGAAUGCCGAAUUGAAGGGUCGUGGGGUGGAGGAGAUUCCGAGUGAAGACUUUGUUGAAGAUGAGAAUUCACAAAGUCGAUGGAACGUGGAAGUGGGGAGCCCCAGUGUUCUGCCCAAUGUUGUGCCGGCGGCCAAGUUGAGCUUGAGUGACCAAGCUUUCUUUCUCCUGGCCUUCAUUGCUUGCACGACUUCUGUGGCAUUCACUAGCCUUAUUACUGCAGCUGUCCCAACACUAUAUCCAACACCUAUCCAAUUAUGGCAAUCAUCACUAACCCAAGAAGAAAGACGACCUAGUGGAUCUGUAAGAUUGUCUUUAAAGCGAAGAAGUGCUUCCCUCUCCACCUCUAAGCAUCUUAAAUUUGGGCUCUUGGUACAUGAAAUGGGUUUAAUAAGUUGAAGGUAAGAUGCAGUUCCAAACAGAGAGAAGAAGAAAAUGGGAAACCCCGUGAGCAUAAGAGUGAGAAUUCAUAUUCUAGGAAAGGUUUUGAGGGGUUAUGCAUAAUGAUGAGGGGAGUGUUAUCUAGGUUAGAUGAGUUUGACAAGAGUCACAAAUCUGUAUCUAAGGUUAAAAAGGUUUGGGUUAGGAAGGUUAAUACCAUUCACCCGUUGAGGGGGAGUGGUGGUGGACUCACCUAAAGUAAGGUGGUCCAGAACAUGCCUAAGAUUGGUUGUCUUGCAUAUUUCUUCAUAUCCUAGAGUAUGUAUCAUUCAUUGCAUUGCA